AUGCAAACAGAUCCUAGUGAUCAAAGCUUAUUUGAGUAACAGAUUUAUAGCCGAAUAACAAUUUUUAGUCCAGAUAAAUUGCAAUUCAAGACUUGGACAAAAUCAAGUCAGAACGAUUUCCAAGUUAGAGACCAUUAAAGAAAUUCAAUUGAGAGAAAAAAGCAUCAGUUUACCGAUCAAUUAUUCCAUCCUCAUAUGGAUUUAUCAACUUAGAUCGAGAGUAUGUUUCAUUAAAGUUCUUGCAUUGCUAAUUAAGAAAAAGUUAAUGCUCUCCUUAAUUCUAUAAUUAUUGAGGAAAACAGAAAUCGCUAUCCAUCUCAAAGAAAAGUGUUUCCUAAAACUACUAAUAAUACUAAUACCAAUACUACAACAUUAACUGCUAAUAAAAAUUUGUAUAAUACUAAUGUAAUCUUGCCCAAGGAAAAGAUUAAGAGUGGAUCAAGAUAAAAAUCGAACAACGGAAAGAAUAAAGAAAAUAAGUUUAAGAACUCCAACAAAGGUCUUAAUAAGAUUUAAACUGAAGUAUAAUUGAAUAAUAUCAAGGCAUUAACUAAAAAUAAUAGAAAUCAUCAGAAUAACAAGACUCAGAAUAUUAUAUUCAAUCCUCACAUACCUCUGACUUAAGAAACUUUUUCUCCUAAAAGAUAAAAUGACUCUAAAAAUCAAACUCUGAAUAGGAUUAUGUCAAAUAAUGGCUUGAUAAAAUCUAAGGCUUAGUUAUUAGAAAGUAGACCGCUAAGUCCAAUUUCAAAUCCAACUUCUGAUGGAAAUUAAUGGUUGAUAAGUGAGAAAUCUUGUAUGUUUUAAGAUCAAGCAUUACAUUAAAGAUCACAAUAUUUUUCCCCAAACCAAGAAAAGUAGAAGUACUCCACAAAUGAUAAUUAAAGAAUGCCUUAAAGUCAUAUAAAUGUAAGGGAACUUGACAGAACUAACUCAAGAGAUAUUGAGUUAAGAAAAAAACCAUAAUGCUAAAAUCAUUCUUAAGCCCCUUAAACUGUGAAAAAUUAUAAUGCUAUCCAACAAAUGAGACAAAUUCAAUAGUCUCAAUAAUAGCAUUUUUAAUAAUUACCUUCAAAUCUCUAAUCUUGUAACUAGCAAAGUGAUUAAUGUGAAAGAUGUCUCAAAUUGGAAAAUAAAAUAGUUAGAAUAGCUGUUUAGCUUGACUAAUUGCAGUUAAGUAAUACAAAUGACUCUCUUGAAAUGUUAGAGCUAAUUUCAAAUACAAUAAUAGAAUUUAAACUUUAAAAGCACUAGCAUGAGCAAGAUAAGAUCAAACUUUAAUAAGAUGUUGAAAAACUGAUUCAAAAUUAAGAAUCGUUUGAGCUCAGAGUAAAGGAAAUGGACGAUGUAUUUGGAUUAUUAAUGAAGGAAAAAGAAAGACUUAAAUUAAAGAAGCAAGAGAUAGAUCAAUUGCUAAGCUAGAGAUAAGAUACUCUGACAGCUUAUAAAAAGGAAUUGCAAGAAUUAAGAGAUAAUUCCAAAGAGCUAAAAGUUGAAAUAAGAAGAGUUGUAGAGAAGGAGGUAAAGGAAACUAUUUACAGGAAAUAUAGGGACAGAGAUUAUAUCUUCGAUUAUCCAUGCCAAAUAAAUGCUGAUAGUAAUAAUCGAUCGAAAUAAGAUAAAGGAGAGUAAUUACCUUCGGCAGAGAUAAAGAAAAGGGAGAGUGAAUUAGAUAAAAAGGAAAGCAAACUGUAUGAAUGGGAGGCUUAAUUAUUUGAGAGAAAAUUAAAGAUUGAUAAUCAAGAUGAACAGCUUAAAGGUAAAAUGGAAAAGAUGACUGCUCAGAAGUCAGAAAUUCAACAAAAUCUUAAGAAACUUCAAAUCCUAACAAAAGACUAUGAGGCUAUACUUUAAAAAGAAUAUGAGAUGACAAAACUAGCCGAAGAGAUUAGAACUUCAAAGCAAUUGGUUGAAACUUAAAAAUAAGAACUUGAACGUACUCAUAGACAAAUCAUGACCUAAAGAGAAUAUCUUUAACGUGAAAAACUAGAUGGGGACAAAGUUGAUAAAUAUAUACAAAGAGUUAAGGAUUAGACAUAGAUGAUAGUAGAGGACAAUAUGAGUUAUCUUGAAAGAGAAAGAAAUAAAUGUUUGACUAGGAUGAAAGAAGCAGAUGAAUUGAAAAAUAUACUCACUACAGAAAAGAAUAGAUGGUCUCAAGGUGUCAAUGAUUAAUAAAAGAAGCUAUAAACUUUGGUAGACGAGAAAAGAGAAUAGGUCUUAGUCAUGGAAGUUAGCAUGAGAUAGCAAAUCAAAGAAAUUAGAGAGAGGCAAGAAUAACAAGAAAAGAGAGAGAAGGAACUAGAAGAUAAGUUUAGAUAGUAAUAAAGAGAAAUUGACUAGGAGAAAUAAGAACUGCAAAGAGAAAAAGAGGAUGUGAAAUGUCUGAUUCUUGAACUAGAAGAAAAGACAAGCAUAAGAUCUGGGAAUAAAAACAAUAAAAAGAAGUAUAAAAAGACUAACAUGCCCAGAUAAAUGCCUAAUCAAUAAGAAAUCGAUCACAAAGAGAACACCAAUACUUUCGAAUAUAUGCUGAACCCUUAGUAAAACACUAAAAGUUAUUAGAAUGCAAAUAGUAGCAAUAAUAAUUUUAUUGAUGAGAGCAAAUCCCACACUUAUCAGGGCCAAUAUUAGCCUUAGUUAUCUCAAUAACCUUCUUAGACAAUGAAAAAGUCAGCUAAUAUGCAAAAUUUCAACUUAGACGAUGAUGAGCUUAUGCUUUUGGAUGUACCUUAGUACUCAUAAACCUAAUAGAGUAAAACCCCUCAAAUAAAUAGAAAGAAUAGUGGAAUGCCACCGAAGCCUCCCAGUUCUACGCUCUCACAAUCAACUAAUAAGCUAUUUAGAAAAGAUAGUAAGAGUCAAUUGAGUAAUGGAAAGUCAAGUUAGAAUGACUUGAGUAUUGAUUAGGAUUAAUAGUUAGAACAGUUACUGAUGAUGAGUCAGACUAAUACAGAAGUCAUUAAGGAGACUAAAGACUUCUUUGGAAAAGAUACAAAUUUAUUUUAAUUCGAUCAGUAUUUGGCUUCAAGCUAGAAUGAUAUGAGCCUACUCAACGAUGAUGACGAUAUUAAUUUCAAUUGA